ACCCCUCCGCGGUCGGUCGCUCCCCUCUUCGGUGAAGGAACCGUUUUGUUACAUGACCCUCAGUCCAUACCACACACAAUCUUUGCUUCUCCGAUAAAACACCGCCGGCUCCCCGCUCGCUCGUUCUAGGGUUUCGCUCUCCCGCUCCUCUCGCCGCCCUCUACGAUCGUAUGUUCUGAGAUUCUUUUUUGGCUUUCUUUGUUGAAAAUUCUUUCAAGGUUGCUUUCUGGUGGGCAUUUGUCGGUGGACUGAUGGCGGCGCUGCAGCCAUUCGGAUGCGGAGUAGGAGCCAGGAGCUUACCUUCUUUCGAAGGCCUUCGCCUCGCUCCACCGACCACCCGGACCUCCUCCUCUUAUUCUUCUUCUUCUUCUUCGGUUGGAACCCUUGGUUUGGGGCUCAAGCGGAGGAGCCUUCCUGCCCUCGUUGUCAAGGCUGCCACUGUUAUCGCUCCCAAGUAUUCAUCCAUCAAGCCAUUGGGUGAUAGGGUGCUAGUUAAGAUCAAGUCGUCAGAGGAGAAAACCAGUGGAGGCAUACUGCUUCCAACGACUGCCCAGUCAAAACCUCAAGGGGGUGAAAUUGUUGCCGUUGGAGAAGGCAAAACAAUUGGGAAGAAGGAAAUAAACAUCAGUGUCGAGGUUGGUAAACAGGUCAUCUACUCAAAGUAUGCAGGAACAGAGCUUGAAUUCAAUGGUUCUAAGCAUCUUUUGUUGAAGGAAGAUGACAUCAUGGGUAUUCUUGAUACUGAUGAUAUUAAGGACCUCAAGCCACUUAACGACCGAGUUCUAAUCAAGGUUGCAGAAGCUGAAGAGAAGACGGCAGGUGGCUUACUAUUGACUGAGGCCACAAAAGACAAGCCUUCCAUUGGGACGGUGAUUGCGGUUGGCCCUGGGCCGUUGGAUCAGGAGGGCAAUAGAAGGGCAUUGAAGAUCAGCCCGGGGAGCACUGUCAUGUACUCCAAAUAUGCAGGAAGCGAGUUCAAGGGUGCCGACGGUGCUGAUUACAUUGUUUUGAAGGCGUCCGAUGUGAUGGCCGUCCUAGCCGCCUCCUAACCAACUCUACAUGGGUAUUUUUGGUAUCUAUCAAGUUCUUCUUCGUGGGGAGCCUGUAAAAUUUUGUAGUCAUUAUUCUGUUGGUACAUGGCAAAUCUGUAAUGACUGUGUGCAGGUUAUUCUCAACAUCGCUCACCUGAUUAGAACA